AUGCUGGGCGCCGGGGUGGGCGCGGGGGCUAAGCCGGCCAAGCCCUCCUUCGUCUCCUACAUCAGCCCCGAGGAAGUGUAUGUGAGGCAACCCAUAGAAAAAGAAGUGGAACCUCACUUGUUACCAGGUGAGCUGGUGCUUUGUGAAGCGAACAUGGUUUUGAAAUUUGUACAAGACGAUGGAUCAAAUCGUGGCACUUUCGGAAAACUUAUUUGCACAAACUUCAAAAUUUCAUUCCUUGGAGAAGAAUCCACUGUAGAGGAUGUAAGUGAUCAAAGUUAUUCUUCAUCUGCUUUGUGGGCAAAUUCUCUUUUGGUAAGUUGCUUACCUGAAUAAAUGUUAAAACUAACCUAUACUUUCCUUACAGUUUAUGAUGAGAAAAAAAAACCUCUAAGUGGUCAACUGAGAAAAUAUCCAGAAACAAUAAUAAUCUACUGUAAAGAUCUUAGAGUGUUUCACUUCUGCUUAAGAUAUACCAAGGAAGAAGAAGUUAAAAGGAUUGUCAGUGGCGUAGUUCAUCAAACACAGACCCCUAAGCUAUUUAAACGCUUGUUUCUGUUCUCUUAUGCAUCAGCUGCCCCAAAUGACUUAGUCUAAAAAAAAAAUUUUUUUUUUAUUUUAACAGAGAAAGAGAAUCAAGUAGUAUGGUUUCAUUCUAUUAAAGACUGGCGUCAAGAAUUGGAGCGGACCAAAGGAAAUCUAAAAUACAAAGCAGUGAAUGCCAAUGAAGGUUAUAAAGUCUCUAAAAAGUUGCCUCCCUAUUUUGUUGUUCCAAUGGCUAUUGCUGAAGAGAGCAUUUUGCAGUAUCAAGGAAGAGGAAUUCCAGUUUGGUGUUGGUCUUGCCAUAAUGGCGCUGCUCUCCUCAAGAUGUCAACUUUUGCCAAAGAACAAGAUGACAACACUUCCCAGCUGUACAAACUAUUCUUGGAUGGAAUGUAUAAAACAAUUGAUAAGCCUCCAUAUGAAGCCUUGAAAAUUGAAGACCUUUCAAGCAGCCUUCCAUCUUUGCAAGAAAUCCAAGUUGCAUAUACUAGAUUUAAACAGCUGUUUUUGAUAGAUAACAGUGCAGAAUUCUGGGAUACUGAUGUAAAAUGGUUUUCACUGUUGGAAAGUACAAAUUGGCUAGAAAUCAUAAGGCGAUGUCUGAGAAAAACAAUAGAUAUUAUUGAAUUGCUUGAAGUACAGAGCACAAAUGUUCUUCUUCAAGAGGAGAAUGCUUCUGAUCUCUGUUGUGUGACUGCCUGUCUGGUUCAAGUUAUGAUGGAUUCAUACUGUAGAACAAGGCUGGGAUUUCAGAGCCUUAUUCAGAAAGAAUGGAUCAUGGGAGGACAUGCUUUCUUGGAUCGGUGUAACCAUCUGAGGCAAAGUGAUAAAGAAGAGGCUCCAGUUUUCUUGCUCUUCCUGGACUGUGUUUGGCAACUAGUUCAGCAAUAUCAACCAGCGUUUGAAUUUACCGAAACGUAUCUUACUGUUCUGUCUGACAGCCUUUACAUCCCCAUAUUUAGCACCUUCUUCUUCAAUUCUCAACAUCAGAGAGACACCACAACGGUAAGACAAGGUCUUGAUACAGAAGGCAGCAAACUUAAUUUUCUUUCGGUAUGGGAUUGGUCUGUGCAGUUUGAACACGAAGGUCAAGCUUUGCUUAACAACCCUCUUUAUGCAGAAAAGGCAAAAGUAGACAAAAGUCAGAAAAAAGCUUCACGAUUCAAGCAUCAGCGGCAACUCUCUUUGCCCCUGACACAAGCGAAACCUCCUCCAAGAAGGGGAUUUUUUAAGGAGGAAACAGACCAAUUAAUUAAAAACCUCUUGGGCAAAAGAAUCAGCAGGUUGAUAACUUCUUCCGAUGAACUUCAGAAUAGUUCCAGAGAAUUCUAUGACAGUUGGCACAGUAAGCCUGUUGACCUUCAUGGACUCCUGCUGCCAUGUCUGGAAGGACCAGAAAUCAAAGUGUGGGCACAGAGAUAUUUGCGAUGGAUUCCUGAAGCUCAGCUCCCUGGUGGAGGCACAGUUGCCACUGCCACAAAAGUCUUAGAUGUAAUGGAGGAUGUACAGGGUUUGCAGAAGAAAAUGGACGAAAGACAUCGUCAGGCUGAGACUCAGGAUGAUACAGAAGCUUCUCCCUUUAUGAGAAAUCCUGCUCGUUUGUCAUCAUUAUUUCCCUUUGCCUUGCUUCAGAGACAUUCUCUUAAGCCAGUUUUGCCUACCAGCAUUUGGAAAGACUUGGAAGGUGAAGAAGAUUUGGCCAGGAGAGAUGAUGAGUAUGUUGAUCUAGGUGGUGAUUAAUGUAAUGCUUCCUUUCAAUUAUAGAUUUGAACCAUAUUUCUGUUCAGUUACCGGAAUAAAAUUGGUUUCAGGGAGGCACAUAAUUUCCUUUGGGUUGUAUUCUGGCUAAAGAUAAUUAGUAAAGUUUUAAUACAGAACGAUUUCCACUUUGCUUGAGAACAUGGAUGUAUUUUCCAUAGACAUUGGGGAGGGGGAGGGUUACCUUAUUCUUGAUUAAGUUCUUCUGCCACAAGAAGGAAGAUUGCUUUUUUUAUUAUCACUGUGUAAGAACCUGCUGAGACAGCAUGGAAGAUAAUACUACAGCCGCAAGAUUAAACAAAAACGAUUCUUUUCUCCAGCAAGAAUCUGUUCUAUUUAUUGCCCCUCUCAAUAAAUGAGAGUUUUAUCUUCCUACUCCCCAAAACGUGAUUGUUGAGCAGUCAUGGGAAAAAUUAAGGUGUUGAAAAUAUCAAAGAUCUAUUGGAACCUGCCUACUUCAGUUUUAAUAAACGGUAGUGUCAAAUGUUCAGCAUUGGAAAACAGUCUAGUCUGGGAGGGUCAUCUAUUUUAUCCUUGAUAAAACUGAUCUUUCUGAGAAUUAUUUUUUAAGUAGUUUGAAUUUGUCAGUUGUUUUAAAUUUGAGCUUGAGAAAUAAAGAGUAAAGACUGUCACAAAUCCUGCUUGUUGUGAUCAUCCAUCCUCUUCAGAGUUCUAACACUGUGUUAUUUUCAUAAAACAAAUGGUCUUGAGUUCAUCUCACUGGAUGGUCUCUGCUUGUUGUAUAUUUUCUGAUCAGUGGUUACUUCAGGUAAUUUAUUGCCCCAGUACAAGAAGCAAUGGAAUUUAUAAGGUAUCAAAUAAGCUAGAAUUGUGUUUAUCAAAAUUUUUGUAGGGUUCUUAUGUUGAUCUUCCUCAUCAAUAUUAGUAACUUGCACUGAAUCUCUAGUCCUUCUGUUAGAAAGGCAUUUAAAGAAAUGAAACUGGACUUGUCAUCCAGUAUUUGUGCUUUCUUAAAGCAUGGCAUUAACAGUAAUAAUGAAUGUAAACAGUCUGCACAUUGGAAUCUCAGAUUACAGAAUGAUGCUACAAUAUUAUUACAGUUACAAAAGCCAUACAAAAAUGCCCGUUAAACCUAGUAUGCUUAUUCUAAACCGAUGGACUUGUCAAAUGAACUUCAAGUGUCAUAAAAAAACUAAUAUAAUCCAAAGUUAGAAGUACCGUACAGGAUAGUACAGAACUAUAUUUUGGACAUUGAUAAAGAUAGUACAACUUUCACCAACACUUCCACUUCUUGACUAUUCUGGUUAAGAGUCUCGGAAAACAGUUGUCUAAUCCAGCCAGCUGUAGAAUGAGAAAAAAAAUAUAUAUAAUGUCUGAUUUCUGAAUUAGUUCUUUCUAAGUGCAUUUCUUGUUUUGGAUUACGUUCACAGUAACAAAGAGUUUGCUUGUUCUUUUAGUUUUGUUGGAAGCAAAGAUAAUGAAUAUUUUAUUGGAAUAUGUAUAUACAUUGGUGAGGAUAAAAGCCAAAGUGCUAAAGUCCAUGUUGCCUUAUGCAUCUUGUUACUAUGAACUCCUUUAGUUUUCAGAAUUUUGAAACACAAUAAAACUUACUUGUAUGUGAGCCUUCCAAGAGCUAACAUUUCAUACUUUUUCCUUGUAAUGUGUUAGGCAUUUGCUGCGGCUCCUAUACUCAAAUUGAUGGUUGAAUUGUAAUUUGAAUACUUUUUUAAAAACACUAACAUUAAGCUUAAAUAUUUUUGACAGUACGAUUGUAAUAUAUUAAUCGUGGAAAUGUAUUUAUAUUUAAGCUGUCAAAUGUUUAUAGAAAAAUAUAUGGAAGAAUUUUUAUAAUAGUUUAUGGAAUUGCUGCAUUCUGGUCUUGAUCAGAACACAGCACUGUAUGAAUGAAAAUUAUUUAAAUGUAUUUUUUCAGGUAUUGUGUUGUUACCUCUCAGUUUUUACACUGAACGCAAGCUUAGCUUCAACAGUACUUAAGGAAAAACCUUCCUGUAAUUCACUGUAAUCUGUUUGGAUACCUGUAUUUGUUAAUAAAGUGUACUU